AUGUUAUUAAAAAAGUGUCUUUCGUUGAUAGUACCAAAGUUAGGCAGCAUACUUGUACUUGCUGCAGUUAUAGAUCAUGAACAAAUAUUGAAAGAUUCAGAAGGUCUAUCCAAAUAUGUGGAUGUUUUUUUCGGAACUGAAGCAGGUGGUAAUGUUUUCCCUGGCCCAACAAGACCAUUUGGUAUGGUCAAGAUGGGGGUUGAUGUUUCUGGGGCUUCUAGUGGUGACGCUUAUUCAGGUUAUGCUCCAGAUGGUUACAUUACAGGUAUUAGUAUGAUGCAUGAAUCAGGUACAGGUGGUGCUCCACAAUAUGGUGUUGUUUCACAACUAGCUUCGGUUGGUGAUGACGUUGAUGUUACAAAAGAUCAAUCUCAAACAAGGCUUUCAAAUAUCUCAGAUGACGCUCAUGUAGGGCUGUACAAGACUCAUUUGGCUAAUGGCGUGAAUGUUACAUUUGCAGCUUCUGAUAGAUCUGGUGUGUUUGAUUAUGAAUUUCCUGCAGAUAUAACACCAAACGUGAUCGUUAAUGCUUCUCAUCAUUUAGUUGCACCUUCUAGACCUUGGUGGACUCAGUACUUUGUCAAUGGCUCAAUUGAGACUAGUAAUGAUGCCUUGAAUAGUUACUCAGGUGAAACAACUAUAAAAGGAGGAUGGGGUGAACAAAAUCCAUGGACCAUAUAUUUCUAUGGUGAAUUUUCUACAAAAGCCAAAAAAAUUAGUUCAUUCCAAGGAAGUAACAAGAGAGAUAACAAUUCAAAAGAAUCAAGCUCCACUCAAGAUGAACAAUUUGGAUUGAUUUUCCAAUUUGAAAAAGGUACACAUGUCCAAAGUAAAGUUGGUAUUUCAUUUUUAUCUAAAGAACAGGCCAAAAAAAAUUUAGAAAAUGAUUUCCCAGAAUCGUCUGAUUUUGAUACUUUGAAAACAGCAAAAGAAACACAAAAGUUAUGGAAUGAAAAAGUUUUCAAUAAAGUUAAAGUAUCAAAUGAAAAUUCAACUUUAACUGGAUUGAUCUAUACAUCUCUAUAUGGAACACAUUUAUUACCUUCAAAUCGUACAGGUGAAAAUCCAAAAUGGAAUACAGGUGAACCUUAUUACGAUGAUUGGUUCACAUUAUGGGAUACAUUCAGAUCAACUAUGCCAUUGUUCAAUGUUUUACAACCAGAAUAUUCUUCUGAAAUGAUAAGAAGUUUGAUUGACAUCUAUAGACAUGAUGGUUAUAUGCCAGAUGGUAGAUCUGCAAAUCAAAAUGGACGUACUCAAGGUGGAAGUAACUCAGAUAUUGUUUUAGGUGAUGCUUUUGUCAAAAAUAUCGAUGGAAUAAAUUGGAAAGAUGGAUAUGAUGCAAUGGUAAAAAAUGCAGAAGUUGAUCCACCUUAUGUUUAUGAUAGUUUUUCAGCGGAUGAUAGUACUAAAGAGGGUCGUGGUGGAUUAUCAGAUUGGAAAUCUAAAGGUUAUAUCUCAAGAAAUUUCAAUAGAUCAGUAACAAGAACAGUUGAAUAUUCAUAUAAUGAUUAUGCCUUAUCAGUUGUUGCUAAAGGGCUGGGCCAUGAUGAUGAUUCUGAAAAAUAUUUAAAGAGAUCUGCUGGAUGGCAAAAUUUAUGGAAUAAGGAAGCUUCAAGCUCAAAAGUUUCUUAUAAAGGUUUUUUACAACCAAAGAAUGGUAAUGGUAGUUGGGCAACUACAAAUUAUGACCCAACUUCAUGUGGUGGCUGUUAUUGGAGUGAUGAUGAAUAUGAAGGAUCACCAAUUGAGUAUGGAUGGGCAGUUCCACAUGAUUUCCAAACCUUAUUCAAAGCUAUUGGAGAUAAUGGUACUGUUAUUAAACGUCUUGAUGAUAUGUUUAAAUUAUACGGCGAAGGUUUCGCAGAUAUUGGUAAUGAGCCAAGUUUUUUAACACCAUAUUUAUACAAUUAUGUUGGAUCUCAAUACAGAACUGCUGAAACAAUCAGAUUUUUGAUUGAUACAAGGUUCUCAAUCGGUCCAAAAGCUCUUCCAGGUAACUCAGAUGCUGGAUCUAUGCAAAGUUGGUUAUUCUUUGGAUUAAUUGGUCUUUAUCCAGUUGCUUCCACAACAACUUAUUUGUUGAGUGUACCAUAUUUAGAAAGGAUUACAUUAGAUGUUGGAAAAGGAGCAAAACUUGAUAUUUUAACAGAGAAUUUCUCACCACAAAAUCGUUAUGUUCAAAGUGUUGAAGUUAAUGGUAAAAAUUGGGAUAAGAACUGGGUAACUCAUGAUGAUUUAUUCAAUAAUGGUGGUUCAAUAAAGUUUAUUUUAGGUUCAGAACCAAAUAAUUGGGAUACAGGGGCAAUUCCUCCUAGUUCAGGGAAUCAUGAUUUAGGAUUGAUUUAA